AUGGCAUCCCUCAGAUCUGUAUGCAGAGCGCCUCUGAGCCAGCUCGCUCGCCGCACAGCUGCCACAAACCACCCAAGAAUAGUGCAGCGACAAUGGCGGGAAUACGCAACCUCACUAGAGGCACAGCAGAAGGUGCUCUCCCAGGACCUUGAGGACGCCGACCCGACUGUCUACAACAUCAUCGAGCAGGAGAAGAAGCGUCAGAAGCACUUCAUUAACUUGAUUCCUUCCGAGAACUUCACAUCGCAAGCUGUUCUCGAGGCUCUCGGCAGUGUUAUGCAGAACAAGUACUCGGAAGGGUACCCGGGCCAGCGAUACUACGGAGGCAACGAGUACAUCGACCAGGCAGAGCGCCUUUGCCAGGAGCGUGCGCUCAAGGCCUUCAAUCUCAGCCCCGAGGAAUGGGGUGUCAACGUCCAGCCUCUUUCUGGCUCUCCCGCCAACCUCUACGCCUAUUCCGCCGUUAUGAACGUCCAUGACCGCAUUCUCGCUCUCGAUCUCCCCCACGGCGGCCACUUGUCGCACGGUUACCAGAUCCCCGGCAAGAAGAUCUCCGCUAUCUCCAAGUACUUCGAGACCCUUCCAUACAGGCUGGACGAGAAGACCGGAAUUAUCGACUACGAGAAGAUGGCCGAGCUGGCACACCUCUACCGCCCCAAGGUCAUUGUAGCUGGUACAUCGGCGUACAGCCGCUUGAUUGAGUACGAGCGCAUGCGCAAACUUGCGGAUGAAGUCGGCGCAUAUCUCCUCUCUGAUAUGGCUCACAUCUCAGGUCCCGUCGCCGCCGGUGUCAUGCCCUCGCCCUUCCCCCACUCCGAUAUCGUCACAACAACCACCCACAAGUCUUUGCGUGGCCCUCGAGGUGCUAUGAUCUUCUUCCGCAAAGGCGUGAGACGCGUCGACAAGAAGGGCAACAAGGAGAUGUACGAUCUCGAGGGACCGAUCAACUCGUCUGUUUUCCCUGGUCACCAGGGAGGACCCCACAAUCACACUAUCACAGCUCUGGCUGUAGCCCUUCAACAAGCGCAGAGCAAAGAGUUCAAGGAAUAUCAGCAGGCAGUCCUUGAUAACGCUCAAGCUUUCGCCAAGCGCCUCGGUGACAGCAAGGAGAACGGCGGUCUGGGCUACAACCUUGUCAGCGGUGGCACCGACAACCACCUUGUGCUCAUUGACUUGAAGGACCGCGGUGUUGAUGGCGCGCGAGUUGAGCGCGUUCUCGAGCUUGUCGGUGUUGCAUCGAACAAGAACACUGUUCCUGGUGACAAGUCUGCCCUCAAGCCCGGCGGUCUGCGCAUGGGCACACCUGCCAUGACUACUCGUGGUUUCCAGCCUGAGGACUUCAAGCGUGUCGCUGAUGUUGUCCACCGCGCUGUUGGUAUCACACAAAAGCUGGACAACGAUGCGAAGAAGAAGGCUGAGGAGACUGGCCGUAAGAACCCCGGAAGCGUCGCAGCAUUCAAGGAAUACGUUGGCGAGGGCGACGACAUCACGGAUAUUCUUGAGCUGAGGAAAGAGGUUGAGGAUUGGACAGGCACUUUCGCGUUGCCCUGGGACAGGGAUAACUGA